AUGAACGAGAUAAACCAGGAUGUGAAGGUAACCGCCCAGGGCACAGGGGAAGCAACGGUGAAAAUGGUGUCGUUGUACUACGCUCUGCCCAGUGAACAGGUGAGCGACUGCCAGAGGUUCAACCUGUCCGUGCAGCUGCUUCCAGUGAAAAUGGUUGGUGAUAAGAAAACAUACAAGCUGAAAAUAGAGUUUUUUUCAAAGGACAAAGACAGUAGUGCAACCAUGUCGGUCCUGGACAUCGGCCUACCCACCGGCUCCACCGUCAACACCGCCGACCUGAACUUA